GCCGCCUGCCGUGCGCCCAUCUCCACUCUCUCGGCGUCGCCGUAGGAGGCCUCGAAUGAGGAUCGAGCGGUCCUUGAGCAUAGGCCCCCAAAUAAGCAGCUCCCCCUUUGGGAGCCGCAGUCCUCAAUCGAAGCAGCAGCAGUUCCAUCUUGAGCUGCUCCUCAAUCCGAGUUACAGCCGGCAAUCGAAGCAAUCCUCUCUGAGCCGCAGUCGGAAAUCGAAGCGCAUCCCCUUUUUAGUGGCAGUACGGAAUCAAAGCAGUCCUUCCCGGGAUACAAUCAGAAGCAGGUGGCGAGAAUCUAGCAGCUAUAUAGAUAUCUGGCCUGGCGGCAACCGCGGUACCCGCCAGUUUUAAGAGAAUACAACCAGCUCCGUCCGGCGACCGACUGCCAGAUCGAUGGCCGAACCAUCCGUGAAGGGCCUCGGCAAAUCCUCCCCCGACGUGGUGGAGGGCAAUGAAGUUGAUAGGCUCAGCAAGUUGCCUGAUGACGUUUUGCUCAACAUUGUAGAGCGACUUGAUAUUGCUGAUGCAGCACGAACCACCAUCCUCUCCAGACGUUGGAAGCAGAUCCCUGCUAUACUCUCAAAGCUUAUCAUAAUGGUUGGUUCUUUUCAGCCCAAUCAUGAAAGUAGGAAGUUAACCUCAGAUGAUAUAGUUCGGGCCAAUACCACCGUGCUGGAAGCAACCAGGAGCAUACUGGAAAGGAGGGCUGGAAGUCCAUACACCAUUCACCUGUUGCGCAUGCAAUUCUACUUGGGAGAUGAGUCCAUUUUCAUUGGCCAGACUGUUGCCAACACCAUAGCAACACAAAAGGUUGCUUCAGUUGAGUUUACAAUCAUGACGAAGGUGCGCAAAAAGAUUACCAAUAAUGGGCUGCUCACUUAUGGGAGGCAGUUCAUGUCAUUUUUUGAUUCGUGCCCAAACACAUUUGGUGGUCUUGCACGCCUCAUGCUAGAGAAUUUGAGGUUAGGCGAAUCAUACUUCCCCAAAAUUUUCAGUGUAUGCAAGCAACUGGAGUUACUCCGCCUCUACCACUGUGAUAUGGGCAUCGACUCUUUGUUGGAAGUGGAACACCCACAACUCAGUGAACUAGUGAUUGCCUGUAGCAGGCUUAUUAAGAGGGUUGAUCUGAAGUGGUUACCAAAACUCACAGUACUGAAAUUUAAUGUAUUUAGAUCUCAAGAUGGCCCCUUUUGUCUUGGUUAUGUCCCACUGCUCCACACUGUGACCAUCAUUAAUACUGGUUUUGCUUGGCACAAGAUGCUCAAGUUUAGUGAGUUGCUGGGUAAAACCGGCAUAAGCAACCUGCAUUUGGACUUCAGAAGCGAAAAGAUUUGGGUCAAACCGGAAGGUCAAAGACAAUUGUUACCGGUGUUCCACAAACUAACGCUUGUGAAUUUGCUUAACAUUUCUGAAGAAUGUGAUUUGACUUGGAUAAUGUUCAUACUCCAAGGUGCACCCACCCUUAAGGAACUACGCAUCUUGGUGCGGGAUCAUUUAUGUGAAAUGAUUUCGGGGGAGCAGAGGAAAAAAUUUGUGUUUAGCGAGGAGAAGGACAAUGGACUAGAGUGGGAACCUGCACCUGAUUUCAAGCACCACAACCUUGCCGAGCUCAGAAUGUAUGGGAGGUUUCGAGCACAAGACAACAUCGUGCGCUUUGUCAGGAAUGUCAUGGAAGCAGCAGUGAAUCUGGAGGACAUAAAACUUUUUAAGAGUCCAGUGUGUGAGAACUGCAAGCACAUGCUUCAGGAGUGGACAUUGAUGGAGAAGUCGUCGCUUAGCCACAAACUCAACAUGGGGAUGCUGUCUUCGAACGUCCAGAUUCAGUUCCCGAGUUUAGGGAAAUUUCGUACAUGGUCAAAAUACUGCUCUUAA